UUCAGUGGAAAACAGCUGCUUGCCUUUCUCGGCGGUCGAGGUCAAUUCCUCGCACAGCAAGAGGCACACAGAAUAAUGGGCGGCGUGAAAUUAUCCCUGCUGCUAUCAGCAAUUGCCAUAAACUGUUGCCUCUCGGUGCUGACGGUGUACGGUUUUACGGUGCAAAAUGUGAAUCCGGUCGGUGGUGGUUCCCACGAUGUGGAUGAAAGCUUCCUGCAGCAGCCCCAUUACCGUGGCAACAACGAGCUGCUCGAUAUGUUGGCGCACCUACAGAAGGACUACCCGGAACUGGCCAAGGUGCACACGAUUGGCCAGUCGCUGGAGGGACGUCCGCUGACCGUGCUCGAGAUACGCCCGAACGUGAACCGUCCCCGACCUUUGCUGAUGCCCAUGUUCAAGUACGUCGGCAAUAUGCACGGCGACGAAACGGUGGGCCGCGAGCUGCUACUGUACUUGGCGCAGUAUCUGUUGGCCAAUUACGGUCGGGAUCCGGAAGUCAGUGCACUGGUGAACGAAACGGCCAUCUACCUAAUGCCAACAAUGAAUCCCGACGGCUAUGAACGAUCCAAGGAAGGUGUCUGUGAAUCGCCACCAGAUUACGUGGGAAGGUACAAUGCAGCCAACGUGGAUCUAAACCGAGAUUUUCCUGACCGUUUCGAUGAUGACCGUACGCGCCAUCAGCGCAUGAGACGCCGCCAGCCGGAAACGGUGGCCGUUAUGAACUGGAUCCUCAACAACCCGUUCGUCCUGUCGGCCAACCUGCACGGCGGUGCCGUCGUUGCCAGCUAUCCGUACGACAAUUCAAUCCAUCAUCAUGACUGCUGCGAGGAGAGCCGUACCCCCGACAACAAGUUCUUCAAAUACGCUGCCCUAACGUACGCCGAAAACCAUCCGGUAAUGCGCCAGGGACGUGAUUGUAAUGAAACAUUCCAGAGCGGCAUCACCAACGGUGCAUACUGGUACGAGCUGAGCGGUGGCAUGCAGGAUUUUAACUACGUGUACAGCAACUGUUUCGAGGUAACGCUCGAGCUGAGCUGCUGCAAGUUUCCGUACGCCAGAGAGCUACCGAAGGAGUGGAACAAAAACAAACGUAGCCUGAUCGAAUACAUGAAGUUGGUUCACGCUGGUGUGAAGGGCCUCGUCACGGACAGUGCCGGUUACCCGAUCAAGGAUGCGGACAUUAUCGUGAAUGGAAUCGAUCGGAAUGUACGCACCAGCGAGAGAGGCGAAUACUGGCGCCUGUUGGUGCCGGGUCAGUACAACGUACGUGUGGAAGCUGUGGGCUAUUAUCCGAGCGAACCCGUUACCGUACAAGUAAAAGCCGAUCAACCGCUGCAGGUGAACUUCAGCCUGAAGAGCUACGACACACAAGAAGCCCCGUCCAAAUCGGAGCAAGUGCGAGUAGUUCGUGAAACGUUUGACGACUACGGAUUUGCCCAAACUCCCGAGUUUAUUCACCACAACUAUACCAGCAUGGUUCGCUACAUUCAAGACCUCGCCAGCAACUAUCCUUCGAUAACGCAUCUCUACUCAAUCGGUAAAUCCGUCCAGGGACGUGAUCUUUGGGUAAUGGAAAUUACCGUUGCUCCUGGCCGACACGUACCGGGCAAGCCGGAGGUUAAGUACAUAGCCAACAUGCACGGUAACGAGGUGGUCGGACGCGAACUGUUGCUACUAUUUGCAAAGUAUUUGUGUGAAAACUUUAACCGCACCGAGCGCAUUACGAAACUGGUAAACGGGACACGAUUGCAUCUACUGUUUACCAUGAACCCGGACGGAUACGAACUGUCCGAUGCGAACGAUAAGGAAAGUUUGCGCGGUCGGUCGAAUGCGAACAAUGUCGACCUGAACCGUAACUUCCCGGAUCAGUUUGGACGCAAUCAGUACAACACGCACCAGGAACCGGAAACGUUGGCCGUAAUGAAUUGGUCUCUGUCGACGCCGUUCGUACUGUCGGCGAAUUUGCACGGUGGUGCACUGGUAGCUAACUAUCCGUACGAUGAUUCGCCGAAGGAUUUUGCUUACUCCAGUGGGUACGGUGAUCCGCGCACUGUCAAGAACCCGACGGAAGAGAACGAACUGUUUCAGUAUCUGGCACAUGUGUACGCUAAUUCCCAUACAACGAUGCACCUUGGAAAGCCAUGUCCGACCUACCUGCGAGAAACCUUCCCAGACGGUAUCACAAACGGUGCCGCUUGGUACAGUGUAACUGGCGGUAUGCAAGACUGGUCGUACGUAGUUGGUGGUGCAUACGAGCUAACGCUCGAAGUAGGUUGCGACAAGUUCCCACCCGCUUCACAGUUAGCCGAAUUUUGGAAGCAAAACCGCGAAGCAUUACUACAGUACGUGGAGCAGGCACAGCAUGGCAUUACGGGAUACGUGCGUAGUACAAUCGGACAUCCGAUCGGGCGUGCCAGCGUAAAGGUGAAUCAAAUCGAGCAUGUAACGUACACUACGAUGAAUGGCGAUUACUAUCGUUUGCUGCUGCCCGGUCUGUAUAACGUCACAGCCGAGGCUGAAGGCUACGAACCUCAACUACUUGAGGUACGCAUCCCACCCGAGGCAGAACGGGCGGUGAUCGUCGAUUUUCAGCUGAUGCGUGACGAUCCACAGCAUUGGUCGUCGGCGUACGACUAUCGGACGUUGGAAAAUGUCAUCAAAACGCGCUACCAUUCGGAUGCGGAAUUGAAAUCGAUAAUGGCUGAAUUCGAGAAUAAGCAUUACAAAUCCGUUUCCCUCGAGUUUGGCGGUAAUGAGGUAUCGAUGGCGUAUCCGUCCGUUAAGGUGACCGAUAGUAUAGGAACACCGGAAGAGACCAAACUACACAUCCUGAUCAUAUCUUCCCUUUUCCAAACGGCUGCCAUCGGACGGGAGAUGGUCAUUAAUCUAGCACGACACGUUCUGGCUGGUUAUUUAAUUAAGGAACCGUUGCUUAUCAAACUGCUUCAAAAUGCUGUCCUCCAUUUUGUUCCGGUAAAGAAUGAUUUUGACGAGAUCGUUCAACAAUUUCGGGCGAAUGAGUCCGUUUGCAAUCCUACGCUACAUUCGGACGAACUGGCGGACAAGUUGCUGAACGCGGAAACUGACCAUCAGAAGGAUAUGUUCCUGCGCAUGCUCAAGGAUGAAGAGUACGAUCUGGCGCUAACAUUUUCAGCCGGUGGACACGACGUUUUCUUCCCGAACACGGAUGAUAAGGUUGCAAUCUACUCGCGGUUUGCAGAAAAAAUCAAAGGCCACAAGUAUCGGCAGUCCACCAGUUCCGACCACUGUACGGUCGAUGCCGGUCAGCUGCAUCAAGUCGAGGCAACGCAACGUGUCACGAACGCGAUCCACAAAUUGUACGAGGUGCCGCUGUUUACGCUCCAACUUGGUUGCUGCAAAAUGCCCUCGGAAGCGUCCAUUGCUAGUGUAUGGCGUCAGAAUCUGGAACGUAUGACCAACUUCCUGCGGUUAAUCGAUACCGGUAUUCGCGGUUUCGUGAGGGACAUACACGGAACACCACUGCGCAAGGCCAUCCUGCGCGUGCACGGUAACAAUCUAAUCUACAAGGUAACGCCCAACCUAGCACACUUCCGCAUCGUCCUACCGUCCGGCUCGAUGGACAUCGAAAUCAGUUGCUACAAUUACACAUCCCGCAUCAUGCCGAUAACGCUCAGCGACAAUCAGAUACUCGAUCUGGGUGAUAUUGUAAUGCAGGAAGCUGCCCGGCCACGGGAAAGUAUUGUCGCACCGCCCGUACCGAUAAUACCACAAACCCAGCUGCCCCAGAAACAUCACGAUUUUGCGGUACUGGAACCGGCCAAAACGAUGAAAGUUUUUCCGCAAGAUGGAGGUGUUGAAGUGAAUGCUGUUGUAAGUGGAAUUGUAUUGGACGAUGCCAACCAUCCACUACCGGGUGCAAAAGUUUACGUGACUGACGCACACAGCCAACAGGUGCUUGCUAACGGACGUACCGGACCGUUGGGAAAAUUCCAGUUUGAAUCUCUGUCCGGCACAAAAGACAUUAUGGUGCACGCCGAGCCAUCGGGAUAUGAGCAGGGUGUAAAAAAAAUUAGUCAAGGGCCACUGGGCGGCGCCACUGGCAUUGUGUUCCACCUAGCACGUGACGAGCGUGUCCUUGGACUUCCGCGGCUAGUUUUCGUCAUACUGGCGGGUUGCGUCUCAGUCGGCAUCAUCGUUGCCGGUAUCAUGUGCUUCAUGUACAUUCAGGCGCGCCGUCGGGACUCGCGCUACUACUACAACUUUUCGCUUCUGCCACAGAAGGGUGAACCGAACCGGAAACUCUUCGACGACGACGAAGAGACGGAACUGUUCCGUGCCUCCACAAAAAAACUGCAGCCAUACUACGACGACGAACGAGAACCGAUAACCGAUACGGAUGAUGAUAGUGAGGAGGAAAUUGUGAUGCUUAAUCCAUCAUUCCGUAACACAAUCAGUCAAUCGUAACCGAGUCUCUCC